GUGGCAACCGGCGGCAGGCAGUCAGCUGAGCCAAAUCACUCGACCUUCAAACAGCAAUUUACAUAAAGCACAAAUCUCGCCGCAUCCCGCGCUACCGAGAUGCACGGGAUCCACAGAGGAGUGCUUAGGCGGGUUGGUGGAAGCUUAGCAGUACUCAGGAAAGAACCAGCAGGAACAUGGCAGCCACAAGACUCACGUGUGGAGGAAGGAAAGGGUGGUGGAUGCCUCCUCGUCCCACCCUGCUCCCUGCCGCUCACCCUACCUCACCGACCCUUCAUCUCAACUGUGCUCGGGGGAAAGAAGAAAGAGUAUUCAGAGAGGCGUGUUUUAGGCUACUCCAUGAACCAAAUGUUUGAUGUAGUAUCCCAGGUAGAGGAUUAUCACAAGUUUGUCCCCUACUGUAAAAAAUCACUAGUCACAGUCAGGCGGCCGGGUUUCCUUAAGGCUGACCUUGUAGUUGGGUUUCCUCCGGUGGUGGAGUCGUACACCUCCAGCGUGACCCUCGCCAAACCCCACCUGGUGCGAGCUGUCUGCACCGAGGGGAAGCUGUUCAACCACCUCCUCACCAUAUGGAAGUUCAGCCCUGGGAUCCGGGGGCAGCCCAACACCUGCACGCUGGACUUCUCUGUAUCAUUUGAGUUCCGUUCAGCCAUCCACUCUCAGUUGGCACACGUUUUCUUUGAUGAGAUGGUCAGGAAAAAUGUGAACUCCUUCCUGACAGAGGCAGAGAAGCGUUAUGGCAAGGCAUCCAUCGUUGCCCGGCCCCCACGCAUACUACACGCCUCUUGAGGAGAGCAACCAUAGUACUUUUAUUUUUUAACUUCUGAAACUAUUUGUAAUUUGUGUGUGUGUGUGUAAGGAUGUAUGUAUGUGUGUGUGUGUGUGAGACUGAGUAUUUAUUGUACAUAUGUGUUUAUAAUGUCUGUUAAGAAGACUUUUCUAUGCAAUACUGUGUUGUCACUGCUGAUCUGUCUCCUGUUUUCUGUUUCCACAUGAACAUAUCUCUCUUGUCUGUCUGUCUGUAUCUCCUUCCUCUGGUUCUGUAAUAUGAAUGAUGUCUGUCUGUCUGUAUCUCCUUCCUCUGGUUCUGUAAUAUGAAUGAAAUUUAUAGCAUUAUCAUGUGUCCUGUUUACUUUCAUCCAUGUCCGCCAGUCUUUUCUGCUCUCUCUCUCUCUCUCUCUCUCUCUCUCUCUCUCUCUCUCUCUCUCUCUCUCUCUCUCUCUCUCUCUCUCAUCUUUUUUCUCAUUUCCAAGUAAGUUAUCCGUUGAUCAGGAUACUUGCUCCUAGAUUAUUUUUCUCACCAAAUAAUAAUUGUAUCAUUGUCUGAUCUUCAUUUGCUGUCCUGAAAACUAUAUGAAUAUUGUUAUUAUUAUUAUUAUUUUUUUUUUUUAUCAUCUUUUCUUGUGUAUUGGUGUUGGUUGUGUUGAUCAAACCAUCAUUCUCAUUUUUGGUAAAUUAUGCAAAAGAAUGCCUUCUCUCAUUACUGCCAUCACAUCUGUUCCACGUUUUCUUAAUGCGGAUGAAUCUUGGACCAGUGCCAUGUCUCAUUUUUCCCUUCUGUCAUAAUUAUAUACUUUACAUCCUCAGGUGACCCUUAUGAGUAGAUCGCUUUUUUCUAUCUUCCCCUUCUAAACAUUUUAUGGAAGAAAGUAUUAAGAUUACCUCCAAAAAGGGAUAGUUGCAUCUAGAGUUUGUUUUUCUCAUGGAGAAACUGUAACGGAUGUUAUUUAAAUAUUUUACGUAUACAUGGAGCCUGUAGCAUGACUGUACAUAAACCAUAAUGCGAAACACGCAGUUAUAUUUAUGAAGUGCACUGAAGUUGGUACCAAUAUUUAAUGAGAUUAAAUAAAAAAUUACUAUAUGAC